GAGACCAUCCUGGCCAACAUGGUGAAACCUUGCCUCUACUAACAAUACAAAAAUUAGCUGGGUGUGGUGGCGCGUGCCUGUAGUUCCAGCUACUCGGGAGGCUGAGGCAGAAGAAUUGCUUGAACCCGGGAAGUGGAGGUUGCAGUGAGCCGAGAUCAUGCCACUGCCCUCUAGCCUGGCGACAGAGCGACACUCCGGAUUAAAAAACAAAACAAAACAAGGUGACUUUGAAAUUUGUGUAUAAAUACUGAUAUUAUACAUUUUUCACUUUGCUUUUCACUUUUAUGCCUCCAGGUUUACUACAGCUAAGAAGAAAAAAUAUAUACACAUGAGUGUGUGUAUACACACACACACGCAUAUAACUUUUUAAAAUUCAGAAGCUGAAAGGUCCAGAAAGAUAGUAAGAAACUAACGUAGAACAGCCACAGGUGAUUAAUAACACGUUUCAUGAAAGGCACAUGGAAAUAAAUGGCAACAAAAGCUAUUUUCAUGGUAAUCUCACAUCCCACGAAUACUGAAAUGAGAAUCGUUGCGGCAAUGGACUGUGAUUCACGUGGAACACGUUCUCGUUCCCUAAGGAGAUAGAUGCUUUUCACCUAAAAGCAGCGCUCACGGCGAAGAGGCUUAAGGCCAUAAAACCGAAGGACAGCAGGAGGAAGAGAAGCCAGGUGUCUCCACUCCAGUUGCCCUGCCUCAGACUCCUAAGCUUCGCAUGUGAGGAUCGUCUUGUAGGCACUGACUGGAGAUGGAAUCCUAAAACACAGGCGAAGCGGAAAUCUUCCUUCAGGGAGAGUCGACUGAGGAAGCCAACGGCUAACACUGGGCGGGACAGGAUACCUCCCUCUUCGCCCACGGCGGGCUCUCUAUCAUAGUAGCCGCCGUUCUGCCACUCACGCAGCUUUUUAAGGCACCUCUAGGUUCGCCAGCGCCUUCAGUGGGGCGGCCGGCCGCUCCCGAGGGCUGCAAGACGCGGCCCGGCGUGCUGAGCCAGUGUCGCUCCUCCCGCGGUCCCCUCAAAAGGCCGGCCCGCCGGCUACAGUCUGCCCAAGGCGCGGACAACCGACGAGGUGUCAGGCUCGGCAGGGGAUUGCUUCUGUCUGGGGCCCGGCCGAGGUUGCGUUCGUGCCUCGCGCGCACACGCUCCGCGUUCACUCAGCCAAUCCCGCGCUACUCGCGCGCCCAGGAGCGAUCCGCGGUCCUACUCAGGCUGGGCCCGCUCCUUCCCGCUCCCAAUACUCAGCACCCGAGCUCUCACUCCUCCCCUCACUCUCCACGAGUUCCACGCCUCAGGGUGUAGCUCCGCCCCUGUCCCCGAGUCCGCCCCCGCAACCUCCAGAGCGUGUGCUCUCCUUUCCUCUCAGUCCUGCCAUCUAGCUGCCUUGGGUCUCGCGCUCCGCAGAGCGGCCCGAGCCUCUCCAGCCUCGUUCCGCCGCCUCCGCGCGCUCUCCCCGUGCAGCCACCGACCCCUCCAGCUCGCCUCCUUCCUGCCGGACUUGGGGUCGCGCGCCCUGACUCCGCCCCCUCCCGUGGACCCGCGCACUCCCGGCGCGGCCUCUCCCCCACGCAGGCCACCGAGCACUGUACGGCCUCCCACUCCUUCCCCGCUCUCCUCGCGCUUCCCUGGCUCCCUAGCUCUCGCGCUUUCCGCGGCGAGCGCGCUCCCGGCCCGCGCGCUCCGGGCUCCAAUUUCUCCCGGCUCCUGUCAGUGCGGUGACUGCGCUGGGAAACAUGGCGACCGAGGGAAUGAUCCUUACUAACCACGACCAUCAAAUCCGUGUCGGAGUCCUUACAGUGAGUGAUAGUUGCUUCAGGAAUCUUGCAGAAGAUCGCAGUGGGAUAAAUCUCAAAGAUCUCGUACAAGAUCCUUCUUUGUUGGGUGGGACUAUAUCAGCAUACAAGAUAGUACCAGACGAAAUAGAAGAAAUCAAGGAAACCCUGAUAGAUUGGUGUGAUGAAAAGGAACUUAAUUUGAUAUUAACAACUGGAGGAACAGGGUUUGCACCACGUGAUGUCACUCCAGAGGCCACAAAAGAAGUAAUAGAACGGGAAGCACCAGGGAUGGCCCUGGCAAUGCUGAUGGGAUCACUUAAUGUUACACCUCUGGGCAUGCUCUCUAGGCCUGUAUGUGGAAUCAGAGGGAAAACGCUCAUAAUUAACCUGCCAGGUAGCAAGAAAGGAUCUCAGGAAUGCUUUCAAUUCAUACUGCCAGCUCUACCUCAUGCCAUUGACCUUUUACGUGAUGCUAUUGUAAAAGUAAAGGAGGUGCAUGAUGAACUUGAAGAUUUGCCUUCCCCACCACCCCCUCUUUCCCCUCCUCCUACUACCAGCCCCCAUAAACAGACAGAAGACAAAGGGGUUCAAUGUGAGGAAGAGGAAGAAGAGAAGAAAGACAGUGGUGUUGCUUCAACAGAAGAUAGUUCCUCAUCACAUAUAACUGCAGCAGCCAUUGCUGCCAAGAUUCCAGACUCCAUCAUUUCUCGUGGUGUUCAGGUGCUCCCACGAGACACAGCCUCCCUCAGCACUACUCCUUCAGAAUCGCCUCGUGCUCAGGCUACAUCUCGCCUCUCUACAGCUUCCUGCCCAACACCAAAAGUCCAGUCCAGGUGCAGCAGCAAGGAGAACAUUCUCAGAGCCAGUCACAGUGCUGUCGAUAUCACCAAGGUGGCCAGAAGACACCGUAUGUCUCCUUUUCCUCUGACAUCUAUGGACAAAGCCUUUAUCACAGUCCUGGAGAUGACUCCGGUGCUUGGGACAGAAAUCAUCAAUUACCGAGAUGGAAUGGGGCGAGUCCUUGCUCAAGAUGUAUAUGCAAAAGACAAUUUACCGCCCUUCCCAGCAUCAGUAAAAGAUGGCUAUGCUGUCCGAGCUGCUGAUGGCCCAGGAGAUCGUUUCAUCAUUGGGGAAUCCCAAGCUGGUGAACAGCCAACUCAGACAGUAAUGCCAGGACAAGUCAUGCGGGUUACAACAGGUGCUCCAAUACCCUGCGGUGCUGAUGCAGUAGUACAAGUGGAAGAUACUGAACUUAUCAGGGAAUCAGAUGAUGGCACUGAAGAACUUGAAGUGCGAAUUUUGGUGCAAGCUCGGCCAGGCCAAGAUAUCAGACCCAUCGGCCAUGACAUUAAAAGAGGGGAAUGUGUUUUGGCCAAAGGAACCCACAUGGGCCCCUCAGAGAUUGGUCUUCUGGCAACUGUAGGUGUCACAGAGGUUGAAGUUAAUAAGUUUCCAGUGGUUGCAGUCAUGUCAACAGGGAAUGAGCUGCUAAAUCCUGAAGAUGACCUCUUACCAGGGAAGAUUCGAGACAGCAAUCGUUCAACUCUUCUAGCAACAAUUCAGGAACAUGGUUACCCCACAAUCAACUUGGGUAUUGUAGGAGACAACCCAGAUGACUUACUCAAUGCCUUGAAUGAGGGUAUCAGUCGUGCUGAUGUCAUCAUCACAUCAGGGGGUGUAUCCAUGGGGGAAAAGGACUAUCUCAAGCAGGUGCUGGACAUUGAUCUUCAUGCUCAGAUCCAUUUUGGCAGGGUUUUUAUGAAACCAGGCUUGCCAACAACAUUUGCAACUUUGGAUAUUGAUGGUGUAAGAAAAAUAAUCUUUGCACUACCUGGGAAUCCUGUAUCGGCUGUCGUCACCUGCAAUCUCUUUGUUGUGCCUGCACUGAGGAAAAUGCAGGGCAUCUUGGAUCCUCGGCCAACCAUCAUCAAAGCAAGGUUAUCAUGUGAUGUAAAACUCGAUCCUCGUCCAGAAUACCAUCGGUGUAUACUAACUUGGCAUCACCAAGAACCACUACCUUGGGCACAGAGUACAGGUAAUCAAAUGAGCAGCCGUCUGAUGAGCAUGCGCAGUGCCAAUGGAUUGUUGAUGCUACCUCCAAAGACAGAACAGUAUGUGGAGCUCCACAAAGGCGAGGUGGUGGAUGUCAUGGUCAUUGGACGGCUAUGAUGGUCACCAGCAGGAGAAAGCUUUGAUGCAUGUCCACAUAUCAUUGACUGUAUCCUGUAAUAUGCAACGGCACAGCUAGUUUUCCCGAUUUGGAUAAAAGUUGAUCUGUAUAGUCAACAUCUUGAACUAUAUUUCAAAUGAAUUUAAAUAUCUUUUAAAGAAAAAAACAUCUAAAAAUAAAUCUUAACAAACAAUUCUAUUCUGAUUAUAUCAAGGCAAAUUUUUCCUUUCUUGCAAAUUGCUUUGUGUGUUCAAUGCUAGGUCUGAUAGCGAUAGCUUUUAGUAGACAGCGGUAGGUGCCUGCAGAACUUGUGUUUUUCUCAUCUUUAAAAUACAACUACUUAUGCUCUUAAAUCAAGGCUGUCUGCUUAUUUAUACUAGCGUAGGCAAUACUUGGAUUUCCCUUCUUAGUAUGCUUCAUAACUGCUUUACAGAGAACUUUUGCUUGUUCUUUCUCAUGUAUCUCGUGUUUAUGUGCACAGUGCCAAAAGAAGACUGACUGGGUGGAGGGAGGCUCUGCUUUGCCUCAAGAACCAUCCCCUGCAGAGCAUCCAGGGAGGUUUCUCGCCCCAGUAGCCUCAUGGCACAGUACUCUUGGGCAGUAACUGGACACCUUUUAUUUGAACAAACAAACUGAAGAAAAAAUGCUUCCUUAAGUGCUGACAGCCUUUUUAACCAAUACAUUUAAAAUUGUACAGAACAAAAAAUAAAAUCAAAGACUGAUCUUGUACAGAUACUAGUGUUACCAGCAUUCAUGUGGAAAUCAAGAGCAAAGACAAAAUAAUGUUAAACAACUCUGUAUCAUAACAUUUUCUGUAAUGAUACGAAACUUAAUGAAUAAAAAAAAAUUCCUUGAUCAUUA